AGUGGAGUCGGGAAGUGGUGUUCAGCUGCAUAUGACAGCGAGAGGGAAGUGGCGAGCAGUGGGAUUAAAGGCUUUCUUUUCUUCACUAGUCACUGCAGGAGGAAGAUCAUUUUAAUUAGGAAACAUUCCUCUGUUUCCGUCCAACUAUCGUAGCUCCUCAGGGGAAUAAAAUGGAGGAUGCCCUGCCCCUGUCCGCGCUGAGGCUCCUGGCUCCACCUCUGAGAGUGAUGUUGGCUGUGAUGUGGAAGGUGGUUAGUCAGAGGAACAUAAAGCAUUAUGGGAAAGUGGAGGAGUUUGUGUCCCUGGUCACUGAAGCCAUCCCUGACAUCUUGACAAACAGACAGAUGAGACUGCUCACUCUGGGCUUAAGAGCAAAGAUGACUUUGCAGAUGUUACGGUCUGAACAGUCAGAGGAUCUCAGACGUGUUAGAGCACACUUAGACCGCCUCCUGCCAACCAGCUCAAAGCAGCUUCAGCCAGAAAAUGAAGCUCUCGAAGCCAACUUUGUCAGGCUUGUUCACAGACUCCUGGAGGACCCAGAAAGGAGAGAACACUUCCUCGAGAAUGUGUUUCCUGUGGAGUAUGGCCCUAACUUUGAUACGGCACUGGAGACUCUGGUUUGUGAGUUCUUCACCCGACUGGAAGAGCUGGUGCUUAUACCAAACUUUAAACAGACUGCAAUGUGGAUCAGUGAUACAUCCUCUGUGCUAGAAGAGUACACACAGUGUGUAACCAAAGCAGAUGACCUCAAAGUGUUGCUCAGAAGCAAGGUGCAUCACGGUGAAAUGGCCAAGAUGGAUUCCAGUGUGCCCUCUUCCUCGGAGCAGCAGCUCUUCUCAUCUUUAUCUCUCCCCCCUUCAUUGAGAGCGACCAACACCAAAGAUGUGGAGUGUAACACGCAAACAGCUGAAAACCAAAGAGAAUCUGACGCGAUUUGUCCUCAGGAGGCUGGAGAUAAGGGGAUAGGGGAUACAAGAUGGCCGUCUAUGAAUGAGAUGGAACAGAGUCUAAACGGCGGCAAUACAGGACGAACAACAGGGGGGAAAUGCAGUGACAGUAUUCCUGAUGAUCACAUUGUGGAGGACUGUGAUGACAGAGCUCCUUCUACAUCUGCUGGGAGUCCUGUAUUGCCCAGCGCCAUGAUAGGGCCCCCUCGGCAGAGAGUUGCACACAAAUGCACUCAGUGUGGGAAGUGCUUCAUUUACCGUUAUGAGCUCCUGGAACAUCAAAGACUGCACACUGGAGAAAACCCUUACAAGUGCUCUCAGUGUGGAAAGGCUUUCAGGAGGACGUCUGACCUGUCCACGCACAGACGAACACAGUGCAUAAAAGCGGCUUACAUUUGCAUCAAAUGCGGAAAUAGCUUUCAGUCUAUACAGGACAAAUUUAGGCACCAGUGUGUUCAUAGUGUCCAAAAGUUUGACUGUUCCCAGUGUGGGAAAAGCUUUAAGAAAAUGUACUUGCUGGGUAAGCAUGAGCUGACUCACAGCCAGAACCGUAUUUUCACAUGCAGACAGUGUGGGGAAGUGUACCCCAGUAUGAGUGAGCUGAGAUCCCAUCAGAAGAUUCAUCCUCCCGAGCUGUCCAAUCAGUGCAUGCAGUGUGGAAAAUUUUUCAGCUCUGCUGCAUGUUUGACAGCCCACGAGCUGCGCCACAGACAACAGAGAACACAGAUUUGCGUGCGUUGUGGCAAAGCUUUUAAGAACAAACACGACCUGAAUCUUCACAUGCGUAGCCACACGGGCGAGAGGCCUUUUCAGUGCACGUACUGUGGGAAACGUUUCUCUGUGUCAGGAAAUCUGAACAUACAUAUUAGAACUCACACUGGAGAGAAACCAUAUCUGUGCUCUGACUGCGGCAAGGCUUUUGUUUCGGCUGGCGAGCUGCAGAUACACAGACGCACCCACACGGGGGAAAAGCCAUACAAAUGCACUGUGUGUGGGAGAGGAUUCACCAUGGCUAGUAAAGUGACCCUACAUAUGCGCGUUCACACCGGGGAACGCCCUUAUGUCUGCUCUGAAUGUGGGAAAGGUUUUUCUCGUGGCAGCGAACUGAAAAAACAUACCAUGAACCAUACAGGGGUUCGACCCUACGCUUGCCAGCUGUGUGCAAAGACUUACACAUGCCUCAAUCACCUGAAGAGACACUUAAAAACUCACAGUGUAGUCCAAACACAGUCUGUCUGAUUCUCUUUAAUUACCAUCAGGCUUUUCUCACAUGAACAUUGUCUUUAUGCAACUAGCGUGUACUGACUGCGAUGUUGACUUUAUGCACUGUGUAACAGGUUUCACUCUCACCCUCUGUUGUAAGGACUAUGUUGCAGAAAUGCUUGUUUUUACUGGUUGAUUCUUUAUCCUGCUUUGUCAGAUCUGUUGUGAUUGUAAGCUCUCACAGUACAGCUUUUGGGCCUGACAUACAACUGUAUUACUUUUGUUGUCUGAUGUCCUAAAACAUGUUAAGAGGAUCUCAAAGAAAACAUUCAUUAUGUAUUAAUUAGGGUUGUCACUUCAUUUUUUGGAGUUAAUAUUAUUUGCCAUUAUCAGUGUUGUUUAAGGUCAGUUUGAAGUAGCCUGUUUGUUCGUGACAGCAGCAGAAUUUCUACUUGAAUCCAACAUGAAACAUCCUGUAGUGGCCUUGCAAAGCGUCAGUAUUUUAGGUUGGUGCGCUCAAAAAUAAAUAAGAAAACAAAUAAAUAAUACAUUAGACA